AUGGAUAUCAGCUACUAUCCUGGCAUUCAACAACUCACCAUUCCCCUUGAAGAGAUCCGCUUCCUGGCGGAUAUCUACCUCAAGGGAGGAGGUCAUUUCCAGCAAGGACCUGGGCUGUUGAAGCCAUUGUUUGAGCCCCAACAGGGGCCAAGCGUGCAACCUCAGUGUGUGAUCCUAUGGCACGAUCACACUCUGUUCUGUACAGAGAUGGUUCUUUUGAUGGACCCAGAGGAGAAUCACCCGCGAAUCAUGCGCGUGAUGGUUUAUCGGAAUUCUCUCUGGCUGCACCUUUACGAACAGUGCGAGUCUCACACGUUGAGCUUUUUCGCCGAACAAUUUGAGCAAAUCCGUGGAAAGUGUCCUGAGUCCACAGCUCAGCUGGUACCACCACCUUUGCUCAAUCGCCUUCAACCAGUCAACCGGCCUGACUGGGAUAAAAUUCGGGGAUUCUUCGACCAGAAAUUCGAUGGCUUAGGGACUGGACGUUUGGCAGAUGUCCUACCUUUCCUAGUUUACGACCCAGAUAGCCUCUUUAGUGAAAACUUCUCUACAGAUGCACCUUGCCUGCUCCAAGAUGCCCAAUCCGGUCCUUGGACCCCUCCGAGUCCGCCACCGAACCCCCAGCCAUCCUACUGCUUUGAUGUAGAUACGUCACACAUGGACCUUUCUGGAGACAUACGUGAAGAAUAUAUGGCUAAGGCGGGUGAUUUGGUUGUUGAUGAGGUGCUUCCUCCGGGUCCUAAGGGCCGGCAGCCUUCCUAUACCCAGGCCCCUCUGAUUAACCUGACUCCACCGCCAACCCCCCAGUCAUACUAUUUUAAUAUGACACCUAUAGACUUCACUAGAGACAUGAAUGAUAACCACAUGGCUGAGGCAAAGGUUAAGGUGAUUGUUGACGAAGUGGCUCCUCGGGGCCCUGUAGUCCAGCCAUUCCCAUCUAUCCAGCCGCCUUUUACCGACCUAACUCCGUUGAUGAACCCCAUGGUAUCCUACUUUGAUGCAGGAAUUACACCUGUGAACUUCACCAGUUCCAUGAGUGGUCAAUACAUUGCUGAGGCAAGCGAGGUGGUUGUUGAUGAAGUGGCUCCUCAGGGCCCUGUGGUCCAGCCAUUCCCAUCUAUCCAAACACCUUUUACCGACCCAACUCUGUUGAUAGACCUCCAGCUAUCCUGUUUUAGUGCAGGAAUGACACAUGUGGACUUUACCGGUUGUAGGGGUGGUCCAUAUACGGCUGAGACAGAUGAGGUAGCCGUCGAAGUCGUGUCACCUCAGGUGCUUACUAUGGCCGAGAAGCCUCAACACAAUUGGGGCGGUGAUGAAAGGACUCAAAUCGUGCCCUCUCCUCUUUGCGCUUCCGCAGAGCAAUCCAGUGACCCCAGUCCAACUCCAAACCCCCAGCUAUGCGACACCAAUGGACCUAUUGGUGAUCAAGCUAUGGUUGAGGCGGAUGAGGAGCUCUUUGAUGGCGGGUUACCUCAGACUUCAAUACUGUCAUUGAAGCGUCCUCAUGAUGGGAACGAUGAUGGAGAGGCCCGGGCCGCACCUUAUCUGCGUCCUGGGGCGGACAAGCCCAGGUAUGUCGCAACUCUGAGUCACAUCCCUUUGGCUGACCCCAGUCAGGCCCCAAACCCCCAGCUAUGCGACACCAAUGAACCUACUAGUGGUCAAGCUAUGGUUGAGGUGGGUGAGGAGCUCGUUGAUGGCGGGUUACCUCAGACUUCAAUACUGUCAUUGAAGCGUCCUCAUGAUGGGAACGAUGAUAGAGAGACCCGGGCCGCACCCUAUCUGCGUCCUGGGGUGGACAAGCCCAGGUAUGUUGCAGACUCUAAGUUUCUUUGUAUGUUGCAGACUCUAAGUUUCUUUGUUAUGCAUCACAAAUGCUUACCCUAUGUUUUUAGUCACUCGAUCGACAAGGGCAAAGGAAUUGACCGGAGUCAGCACCCUGGCAUGUUCCCGCCCGAGCCGCCGAAGGAACCGAAGCCGACACCUUCAUUUGCUAGCGUUGGGGGGCGACGAGUUCGUCUUGAAGCUUCGGCACCUCGCCCGUACCCUGGUAUGUACCCGCCUGAGCCACCAAAGCCCUACCCUGGCAUGUAUCCGCCCGGGCCGCCAAAGGCACCAGAGCCAAAACCUAAGCCGACACAGUCAUCUGCUGGCUUCGGGGGUCCACAAGGUCCUCCUAACCAGACACCCCGUCGCAGUAACAAGCGUGCACCGCCAUCACCAUCGUUUGCUGGCUUUGGAAGUCCACAAGGUCCUUCUGGGACUGUAUCACACUGCUAUCGCAUCGAUGAUCGUGCUCCAACGCCCGCAGAAUUUCUGAAUAUGCAGGCCGCUGGAGGGCCCCCUGUUCCUUAUUCACCCUCAGCGCCAAUAACCCCCUUCCGGCAUACCCCAAUGUCGAGGGAGGAGGUUCUGCUGGUCAUGGCCGCCUAUCCAACCAUGGACAACGCUGGUGCCAUUGGUGGGACUGAGGUGGGUGAGGUCGCUGUUGGAGACGCGGUAGCUACAGCUGCCAAAAACAUAUCAGAUGGCCCCUGCAUCCUGGACAUCUUCCACGGGAUUUGCAUGGCUGAUCAUGAUAGCACUUAA